UACUGACAUGGUGAAACACCUAUUAACUUUUGACUUUUCAGUUGAUUUCUUGAGUAGUAUCUUCUGUUUUCCCAUAUACAGUUUUCAUAUUGCAAAUUUCAUGUCACAGGAUUAUAACAGCGACAGUGAUGAUAGUUACAAUUCCGAUGACUGGGACAAUGACGGUGAGGCUGAAUCCUCGUCUGCUCCAGCUUUGAGGAGCCCUGAUACUCCUGGCCCGUCCACACUGGUACCUCAGAUUUUGAUUAGAGAUAACAGUGACACUGAUGAGUUCGACUGGGAUGAUGAUGAUGAUGAUGAUGAUGAUGAUGAGGCUGGCCUCUCGUCUUCUACAGCCCCGAGAAACCCUGAUGCCCCUGGUCCGUCCACAUUGGUGCGACAGGGUGCUGGUGGAAGCACCAAUGGGGCGGCGUCAUUGUCUUAUUCAAUUGAUGAUUAUGUGGCAAUGGGUUUCUCGAAAGAAUUGGUCUUGAAGGGCAUCAAGAACAUAUUUAAAACUAGUGGUAAUAGUGAUGGAGAUCCAAACCAAUUGCUUGAGCUACUCCUGGCAUUAAAGGAACUAGGUGAUGACUCCUUAGUGGAAAAUCUCCCUACUUCUGGCUGUACCCCCAAAAUUGUUGAAAAUGAAGUUGAUUCUGAAGGCUGGGAUGAUGAAAAUGAUUUUUUUGAGAGGGAUCUUAGCUCUCAUGGUUCUAAAGUGGAGGAUUUUCUACAGGGCAUGUCACCGAGGGACAAGAAGAUCCGAUACUUACUGCAAAUGGGGUUUCCUGAAGAUGAAGCGAAAAUGGCGAUCACAAGAUGUGGUUUGGACAGUGCCAUGUCUGUCUUAGUUGAUUCUAUUCAUGCAUCACAGGCUAUCGGAGAUGAGCAAGAGACCAGGAACAAUAAUUGCAUUGAUUCCUCAAUGGAGAGAAAGAAAGGAAAGCUCAUGGAAGAUUGCAAGAAAAGGAAACUCUUUGAAAGAGGUGGAGAAAGCCGGCCUUCUUGGUAUCAGAACCAUGACGAUCUGGUGCGUGUUCCAAGUCAUAUGAAGAGAUUUAACUUGCCGAAUGCAGUGAAUAGAGGAAUUCCUAAAGAAGCUAUUGGACCACCAUUUUUCUAUUAUGAAGAUGUGGGUUUUGCCCCAAAAGCCAUCUGGAAUAAAAUCUCAACAUCCCUAGACAAUAUUGUGGUGGAAUUCUUUGAUUCAAAGUGCAUGAGUGCAGCUGCCAGAGAAAGAGGAUUUGCUCAUAACUUGCCAAUUGACAACAGGUCAACCCUUCUUCCUCUCCCGCCAAAAACAAUAUUUGGUGUGUUCCCCCACACCAAGGCAUGUUGGCCCUCCUGGGACAAAAGAACACAGCUGAAUUCUUUGCAGUCAUGCAAGGCAAGACCAAAACUGUUAAAGCAUAUUCAACAUCUUCUUGCACGCUAUGAUGAUAUACCACCGCUAGGGGUCCAGCAAUUUGUUAUGGAGGAGUGCAGAAAGUGGAAUCUUAUUUGGGUUGGGAAGAAUAGAGUUGCUCCCCUGGAGCCCCAUGAUAUGGAGCAUCUUCUUGGAUUUCCAAGGAAUUAUACCAGAGGAGUCACUACAACGGAUAGAUACAAGUCUUUAGGGGACGUGGUCCAAAUAGAUACAGUGGCCUAUCAUUUCUCUGUGCUCAAGGAUAUGUUUCCCACUGGCAUAAAUGUCUUAUCUAUGUACAAUGGCAUUGGAGGUAGUGUGGUUGCACUUGACAGGCUCGGUAUUCAGUUAAAGACGGUGGUGUCCGUUCAGACUUCCGAAGUCAGCAGAAACAUCUUCAGAAGCUGGUGGACGGCGACUCAAUCAGGCACACUGGUUCAGAUCAAUAAAAUGCAAGAUUUGAGUGAUGACGCAGUUCUAUCACUAAUCAGAAAAUAUGGAGAUUUUGACUUGGUUGUUGGAGGCAAUGCAUGCAACAACCUCCUUGGCAGUGGUGAAUAUGACCCCAAGCAAUUUUCUUUAUUUUUGGAGUAUGUUAGAAUCCUGAAAGCUAUUAGGUCAGCUAAGGGAUCAGGAUGUUGAUAAGUUCUAGUCUAAUUGGUGCUA